CCGGUUCCGAUCCGGAUCCGCGCCCCGAUCCGGCCCGGGCUUUGCGCCGGCCCGGCGGGGGGUGCCGGUCCCGGUGCCGGUCCCGGUUCGGCCCGGCCAUGGCGGCCGAGAAACCCGGAGCGCCGGAGGGGGCCCCCCACGCCUCGCCCCCCCCCUACGGGCCGCCGGCGCCACCGGGGCCUGUGGGGGGGGCGGGGGCAGCCACGCUGCCGCGGGGGGUCCCGGCGGGGGCGGCCACGCUGCCGCGGGGGGGGGCGGGGGCCGGGGGGGCGGCAGGAGCGGCCACGCUGCCCCGGGGGCUGCCGGGGGCCGGGGGGGGCCCGCACGCUGCCCCCCAUGCCGCCACGCUGCCCCGGCCCCCCCCUGCAGCCCCCCAGCCCUACGGGGCACCCCCUCAGCCCCCCCUGCCCUACGCCCCCCCCCCCUUCGCUCUCCAGCUCCAGCCCUGCACCGCCUACGUCCCGGUGUACCCCGUCGGGCCUGCCUUCGGGGCGGCCCCCCCCGGGCCCGGCCCCGGCCCCCUGCCCGGCCCCGUGGGGGUGCCGGUGGGGGGGGCGUUGGGGGGGGCGGGGGGGGCCCCACUGGGUGGGGCGGGGGGGCUGGAGGGGCGCCGGGCGCCCCACGACUACCUGCCCAUCGCUGUCCUCACCACCCUCUGCUGCUUCUGGCCCACCGGCGUCGUCGCCAUCGUCAAGGCCGUGCAGGUGCGCGCGGCGGUGGCGCGGGGGGACAUCGUCUCGGCCGAGAUUGCCUCGCGGGAGGCGCGAAACUUCUCCUUCAUCAGCCUGGCCGUGGGUAUCGCCGCCAUCGUCCUCUGCACCAUCCUCACCGUCGUCAUCAUCAUCGCCGCCCAGCACCACGACAACGACUGGGAGCCCUAGCGACGCCACGGCCCCUCGCACACCACGCCCUGGCCACGCCCGGGGACCCCCCCAGCCACGCUCUGGCCACACCUUGGCCGCAGAGAUUUGGGGUGGGGGGGGCCCUUCGGCAUCGCCAUGGCGACGCUGGGGAUCCUAGCGACGCCCCGGUGACGGCAUGAGGACCAGACCCGCUCAGCGUUGCCACAGCGCCCGCGCCGGUAUUGCCAGCAUCACCAUGGCAAUGCCCGGGAUGCCAUAGCAACGCCCUGGCAACAGGUACAGCAUUGCCAUGGCAAUGCCUGACCCCACCCCCCCAGCCACGCUUCUGGCCCCGCCCCCAAGGCUCCUGGUGGGUGGGGCCCACCUCAUCUGCAUGCUAAGCCCCACCCCACCAGGCCCCACCCCUGUGACACGUUUUGCUGCUGACAGAUCAAUAAAUCUCUAUAUUGAUA